CUUUUAAUACACUAUGUUCCUGAAUGAUAAGCGUAGGGAAUCGUAUACCAUUCUACAGAAGAAUUACCUUCAACGUCUUUAAAAUCAGUCUCAAGUGACUUUUUUUUAUCUUUGACUUAACAACAAUAUAAGUCACUAAACCAGUGAGGUUUGAACACAGGUCUUUGCGUACGUCAGCUUGGCGCCAGUACAACGUCACUAUGCAAAUAAUGUGGUUGCAUUUAUUGGUGCUAUUGUUUUCACCUUUUGUGGUUAGUCACGAAGAUAAAUCAAAAAAUCUGCUGGUGCUUCUAGAGAAUUUUUAUAUUAAGGAGACUCAUUCCACUUUUUUAAAUAUGUUGACAAACAGGGGUUAUAACUUGACCACAAAACUCGCUGAUGAAUCAUCUAUUUCACUAAAAUACCUUGGAGAAUAUCUAUAUUCGGGCCUAAUUAUUCUAGCCCCAUCUGUUAGCGAGUUUGGGGGUGCAUUAAACGUUAAGGAAAUAACCAAUUUCGUUGACGAUGGGGGAAACCUCGUUGUAGUUGCCGGCCCAAAUGUGGGUGAAUCUAUUCGGGAGUUGGGGAGUGAAUGCGGGGUGGAGUUUGACGAAGAAAACACUCUUGUUAUCGACCAUUUCAAUUUCGACAAAAAGGAUGAUGGUUUACACUCUUUAAUCACUGUGCCUGUUAAUAAUCUGGUCAAAAGCAAUGUGAUAACUGGAGGGAAAGUCGACGCACCUUUGUUAUACCGUGGGAUAGGUAUUUCAGCUGAUCAAACUAACCCUUUGCUCAUUGAUGUCUUACACGGAUCGAAGACUUCUUACAGCUACAACCCAGACAAAACCAUAGUAGAUUAUCCAAACACUGUCGGCACAAACACUCAGCUGAUCACAGCAUUACAGGCAAGAAAUAACGCUCGUGCCUUGUUCAUUGGUUCGUUGGAUUUCUUAUCGAAUUCCUUUUUUGAAUCUACUGUUGAGACCGAGUCUCAUAAGAGUGUGGUUUGUGGCAACCAAAUGCUUACUGAUAAUCUGUUGCGAUGGGUUUUGGGUGAGCGUGGUCAGCUGCGACAUGUUUACGUGAAACACCAUCGAGUGGGUGAAACUCUUCCACCUAACCAGUAUACAAUUUUGGAUGACGUUAUUUACAUAAUCAAAAUAGAAACAAAAGACGAUAACGGGAAUUGGGUUCCUUUCAAUGCAGACGAUGUCCAGUUGGAGUUUGUGCGAAUCGAUCCAUUUAUCAGAAAAAAAAUGGAACACAAAAAUGGUGAAUACAAACUUGUUAUGAAACUACCUGAUGUGUACGGAGUUUUCAAAUUCGUGGUUGAUUAUUAUCGUGUUGGCUAUACACACCUACUAAGUGUUACACAAGUUCCUGUUCGUCCAUUUACUCAUACACAAUAUGAACGAUUCCUCGUUGCCGCUUAUCCUUAUUAUGGUAGUGCUAUAUCAAUGAUGAUAGGCCUAAUAUUAUUUAGUUUUGUAUUUUUGUAUUUAAAAGAUGAUAAGGAAAAAGGUGAAUAAUAGAGAACUCGACAACAACGCUUUGUGUGAUGUACAUGUGUGUAUUUUCAACACUUCUUUUUUUGAAAACAAUUUCAUGUCUGUAUUGUAUGAAAAUAAAAUUUAAUUUUACUAUUUGUAGAUUAGGUAUUUAUUUCUGACCUAGUUUACAGUGACUCUUUAUUCUUUUGUUAAUCAUUUUCCAGUUUGUAGUAUAUGUGCUUUUGAAUUAAAGCUUCGUUCUUAUUAUUUGGAACUAGAUUACAUAUCUCAUUUAAUUCUGUAUGGUUAAAGCAUGUACUUUAUGUUUUCAACACAUACUCUAUUUUGAGUGAAGAAAGUAUCUGUUGACAAAUGAAUUCAGUUAAGGGUGAUAGUUUUCUCGUUACUUUUAUGUGGAAACACAAAAAUCACUGGUAUUUCUUUUAUAUUUAAAAUAUUUUAAGGAAAUAAUUCUCAA